GGGACCCGAGGAAUUCAACAGGUACCUACAGACGUCUCCGAGCUCUCCGUCUCCCAGCGUGGAUGCACAGUCUGGAGGAGAAGCGACCGCCUGCACGCAGAAUGUGUGAUAGAUGGGAUUAACAGUCGCGCUGCGGUAAUCUCGAGGCGUUUUUGCAGCUGGAAUAUUGCACCUGGGAGAUAUUUUGAUCAGUUUGGCGGAAUCUAGAGACAACAAAAAAAGUAGGCUUUACUGCAGCAGUAUUUUCCCCAUCAUGAAGAGUCCUCUUCCAUUCCUGGGAUGGGUUAGAGCAGCAAGCUUGUUCCUGUGCUUGACCCAGACCGUCCUGGCCAUGGUCCUCACCAACUCCACACGUCUCGAGUCCAUCCUGGACAAGUACAGGGACAAGGAUGAGGAGUGGUGGAGGGCAAGGCCGAGAGGGAAGAGGGCCAUCAGUGAGGGAGACAUGCACCUCAUUCUGGACCUGCACAACAAGCUGCGUGGUCAGGUCUACCCUCCUGCCUCCAACAUGGAGUACAUGGUAUGGGAUCAUGAGUUAGAGAGGAGUGCAGAGCACUGGGCACAUACCUGCCGAUGGGAACAUGGACCGAGCCACAUGCUGACACAAAUAGGCCAAAACCUUGGAGCACACUGGGGCAGGGACCGUCCCCCUACCUACCAUGUCCAGGCCUGGUAUGAUGAGGUCAGAUACUACACCUAUCCCUACUCCCAGGAGUGUAACCCACACUGCCCAUUUAGAUGUUCAGGCCCUGUAUGCACUCACUACACUCAGUUGGUGUGGGCAACUAGUAAUCGUAUCGGGUGUGCCAUCAAUGUGUGUUACAACAUGAACGUGUGGGGAAUGAUCUGGGCCAAAGCUGUCUAUCUGGUCUGCAACUACUCCCCACCGGGGAACUGGUGGGGUCAUGCUCCAUAUAAAUAUGGAACUCCCUGCUCUGCCUGUCCAGCCAGCUAUGCUGGAGGCUGCAGGGACAACCUCUGCUACAAAGACGGGGGUGUGGACAGGCGUCCACCCCCUGAGAUCGAGGAGACCAACUACAUUGAACCUGAACCUGAACCAGUGAGGGACAGAGAGCCCCAACCCAGGGCCCAGUCACCAGAGCCCUCAACCAAUGACAACCUAGACAGAAACCAGGUUGUCAGCAGAGAGCAGAUGUGCCAACAGGUUGACUGUGAGACAAAGCUGAGAGAUCAGUGCAAGGGAACAACCUGUAACAGAUAUGAGUGCCCACCUGGCUGCCUUCACAGGCCUGGAAAAGUAGUUGGGAAUGGAUAUUACGACAUGCAAUCCAGUGUGUGUGGAGCUGGGUUACACUCUGGUGUUAUUGAUAAUGAUGGAGGAUGGUUGGAUGUGACCAGACUGGGCAGAAAACAACAAUUCACCAAAUCAUACAAGAAUGGUAUUCAAUCAAUUGGGAAAAACAAAAGUGCAAAUUCCUUCAAAGUAGAGUCGGUGCCUGUCAAGGCAGUAACAUGUGAUACCACCGUGGCACUUUUCUGCCCUUUCAAGAAACCUCAACGACACUGUCCCAGGUUGUAUUGUCCCAGGAACUGUUUACGUGACAGUCGAGCCCGGGUAAUUGGGACCAAGUAUUACGCAGAUAAAUCCAGUAUCUGCAGAGCGGCCAUUCAUGCUGGAGUGAUCCAGAAUGAGUCUGGAGGUUACCUUGAUGUGAUGCCAGUGGACAAAAAGAGCCAGUACAGUGGCAGUUACCAGAAUGGCAUCACCUCAGAGAGCCUACUGAACCCAACAGGAGGAAAAGCCUUCAGAGUGUUUGCAGUCAUCUAAAAACCCACUGCCAAAGGGCAGAGAACAUGGCCACUUCACAUCCAGCAAACCCACUAAUUAUCAUCUUACAACCUGUAAUUACAUUCAUUCCUACAGUAAAUAAUUCAGCUUUUCAGCCUCUGACACUAAAAGAAUAACGUGACUUUAGUCAAGGCUUCCCUUUAAAGUUUGGUCAUGAUUCCAAAAACAGCUUAGCAAAGGAUGUUUGCUGAAUGAUGAUGUCGGAUGUCUUUUGCCUUACGUCUUUCUAGAGCCGACCGUAUCAAACAGAUUGGGCUACCAUGCAUCUUUUGCUGACGGGAUAUCAUGACAUAAUUUUCCCUAACACUUAAACUUGAAUAUACUGUGCCAACAGAUUCAGCACCACUCCAGCUAGUUCCCAUAAUUUCAUAUUGUGAAGGUUUCUGUGGAGGGCCAAACCAGACGUUAAGUCAAUUUCUAAAUUGAUCCAACCUGAUUUAAUGUAUGUUUUACUUUCACCUCAGCAAUCAGCAAACUUGAUUCAGUUAGUCACCACCUGCAAUGCUUAAAGCAAGCUAAACUUUGUCAUGCAGUACUGAAGUAAGUUUGUAACACUACGUAAGAUUGUAAUGUAUGGGUAACAAAAGGCAACCAGGCGGGAAAAGGUGAAAGCGCAAGGGUAUGGCUAUUUCCUAGCAGUAAGUACCAGUGCAAACUGGAUUUGUAACGAACUCACAAGGUUACCAGUUGAAACUGUUCUGUCAUUGAUUUUUGACCACCACUGCUCAGACAUAACAGUAGGUUACUUCUGUUGGUAGUAAGCUAGUUAGCCGGACACUGGAAGGAUUGUAGCUUAUUUUAGAGCAGAUAAACACUCACGUCCAUUUCUUACGCUUCUGCCCUUGUUUUUUUAGUUUUGGGAAGUAUUUUGGAAACAGUAUUGCUUUGACUACAGCUCCAGUUGCAAAAGUGAGAUGGGACACCCGCUGAUUAGGGGAGGUGUUUAGCGAGAGGUCAGUUCCUGGGGAAACUUCUCUGGCAUGCCCAGUCACCUAAGCCCUCUAGCAGCAGCACAUGUGUCAAAAAUGUGGGUUUGUUAAAUAUCCUAAAAGUUGGUGUAUAGAAUUAAUUAUGUCACGUUUUUUUUUAAGUAUUAACUUUUAUUAAGUCCGGUUUGGGCCUCCCUGUAUCCUCACUUUUCGUCACAAUGGUAAUAUACAGUAUAGCAACAAUGCAGGCAGUAAAAUACAGAUUGUAUAUUUCUGUACAUAAUAAUGUUGUAAAUAAUGCUGAACACUAUGCAUGUACUUUAUAUGAAAUGAAAUGCUACUGUUAUUAUUCUAACACCUAAACAGCCAUACAAAUCAAACAAGCAAAACAUAGUAGAUGGUGAAGUUGCUUCUGCAUGCAAAGCACAUAUUUAUCGCUCAAGCUUUUUAUUUUUAUAAAGGACACUUCCACCAUAAUUUCAUUACAUCCAUUUGUUUGUAAAUACUGUGCGUGUAACAUAUUGUUUUUUAUUUUAUGCUGCAUUUCCCAGCUUUUGUUUAUAGAUUUAUAUAA